AUGUCUCUUCCUGGAACAGGAGAUUCGGGGGGAUCUGCCCCGGAUGCAAUGCUCACCCAAGCCGCACAGGUCGACGACGAUCCAUACAGCCCAGACAUUUCUACUCCUGCCGACGACGACACUGAACCCACGGACGAUGCCAACACCAAUUCCAUCGCGUCGCCGCGAAAUGGGAUCGCGAAGCCCGAUGAGUCCAUGAACAACAAGCGCAAAUCACCGCCAGGGUCCCCAAACCCCAGCCAAUCCCAGUUUGCGAAGAGGGUGAGAAUAGAAGACGAGCCAAGAGGCUCAAUUGUUGCCCUAGACUCUGCGGUGGAUCGGGCGAAACAACUCCCAGCGGAGAUAUGGCACCAUAUCUUCACCUUUCUUCCGCCCAGAGCUCUGGGUCGUUUGUUGCUUGUCAACAAACUAUUCCAUACUUGUCUCCAUCCCUACCGCUCGGUCUGCUUUCCGUCCUGUCACUCUACUCCACACGGUGCUCUUCAGCCCUUAAAGCCUGAUUCAAUAUGGCAGGCUUCAAGGCGGCUAUUCUGGCCCCGUAUGCCUGCCCCGUUGAAGGGCAAAUCAGAGCUGGAGAUGUGGCGCCUUGCCUGUUCCCUUUCCUGUCAGUCUUGUGCUUCCAAGGGUGACUUGCAGAGCUCUACAGCCAGCGAUCAGUGGCAUCGUGGGCCAGGCGCCAAGGGCGUCUCCCCUGUUUUUCCGUUUUCUGUGUCUACAUGUGGAAGUUGUCUUACUAGCAAGAGCGUCAAGGAAAUCGAUAUUCUCUUGUCAUCUUCGAUUCCAUCGCUCCUCCUUCCAGCUCUUCCCGUGGUGUUGAUUAUGGACCAGCUGCAUGUAAUACCUCCAUGUGUUAUGCAGACUGGGACUCCACCUUCACAAUCACAGGUCACAAAGGUUUUCUGGUCACACCACCUUGAGGAUAUCAAGUCGGAAUUCGAGACGGUCAAGUUGCUGGGCUCUGCGGCGGCCGAGGAAUGGAUAAAAGGCCUCGAGGCUCGAGGAAAGCAAGCCUUGGCUGACGCGUCCCGUUGGGAGAAAUGGGACUUGGCUGGAGGAAUUCAUCGUAUGCGGACAUCCCUAAGUUCUGUUUCCUCAUCUCUACUGGAAUCCACCAAGAUGAACAGUAGUGGCCCUUCUUCCUCACACCCAGCCUCUGACCACAAUUUGGAACACUUACACCAAAAUGACCGCCACCAUACUGAGCAUCAGCGGCAAGCGUCAGAGCAGAACGGAAUUCCAGGUCUAAUGACGAAGGUCGAUGCCGAUAACGUCCCAUCACGCCCACAAGGACAGCAGAAACGAACUAUGGAAGAAGUGGCCGAGUUGAAGCUUGCGAGACGCCUCCAGAUUGAACAGCGCGCAUGGCAACUUGACCCUCCUCUCGAGCCAAGUGUACUUGCUCAUAUUCCAUCCUUUCAGGCUGCCCUACAGAUCAUCACUCCCCUUGACGACAACGCUUGGGGGCUGUUGAAGCCGCGAAUCCUUGCCCAGAGGCAAGAAGCCGAGUUGAGGGAAAAGGAAAAGACCGCGAAUGCUCGAGCCCUUCAAGAGAGACUGGAAAGAAACAAAGAAGGGGCGGUAGUCUCGAAAGAGCCCCGGGAGGUGUCUGAUAGGGACUGGGACGACAUUCAAGGCCCUCUUCGUGCUCGAAUAUCAAAUUUUGCGGACGAGAUCAUACGAGACGGCUGGAACGACGGCGACAAAGUUAAGAAAAAGAAUAGCCCACAGUUUGCAGCUGACGUUCUCCUCUAUGUUCGCAAGAGAUUCUAUGCUGAGGUUGCGAAAGACGCGGCAGCAGCAGUGGCAGCUGGCCUAGAACCAGUUCUGGACCCUCCAGAGGGCCCAUGGACACAGAAACUAACCUUGGAAAACAUGAAGUGGAUUUUUGACGUCAAGAUUAAAUCACAUACGGAACCGUACCGCAAAGAGCUUUUUCUUUGCAAUGGUUGCAUAGGAAAUGUCAAGUUCUAUGGAUUUGAAGGGGUCGUUCAGCACUACGCCGCGAAGCACACAAGCGCCCUUAGUGUAGGCAGCGUCGUUGUUCACUGGAGAGCGGAAUGGCCAGAAGUACCUCCUUUUAGUCCAGAUGCACGCCUUCCAGAAAUUCCUCACCACAGUCAACCUCCUGGAACAUCACUUUCUUCUACCGCUGUACAGCCUUACGCGACUUAUGGGGCAUACCACUCUGGCCUGCCAGCUGGAUAUCCGACACCGAGCUACGGAGCUCCAGCGCCUUCUCAUCAAUUCGUCUCCGGACAGCCGUCGCCUUUCUCACCAGCGAAUGUCCAUAACCCACGUGGGCCAUCGGCAUAUGCUGCACCUAAUCAUAUUCCGCACUAUGCACAGGAUGGAGGCUAUGCUUCAUAUCCUCCGAGGCCAUCUUACGGAGCGCCAAAUCACCCCAGUGAUCCGCCCGGAGUUUAUGGAUAUGCUAGUUCAGCACCUCAUGGCUUCAACUACGGUCCAUAUCCUGUCCCUCGAGGGCCGUACGGCAAACUGCAGCCACCAGGAGGUCUUUAUGGCACUCGGCUCGACACUAUGAUCAGGGUUGCAAGGGACGCCUGGAAAAAGAUCUCGGGUGUGAAGGACCUCCCUCCAUCCGUGAAGAUCUGUGUAGUUGUUCAUUGUAUCGCAAAGACAUUCCAGGAUGCAUUUGCCGAACCUGCGCCUUUGGAAAUGCUAAUAGAUGGACUGUCAAACCAUAAGGAAAUGCGACCUAUCCGGAAUACCAACGGGCUAGACUGUAAGGCUUGUUCAAUGGGUCAUAGCGUUGCAGAGAAGACGAACUUCUCUCUGCCGCAGUUGGUAAACCACUUCAAUAAGAGCCACAUCGAAGGACCAGUGUCUCAAGGUCUUCCCCCAAUGGAUUGGCGAAUCGAGAUGAUCUUGUUGCCCGACAUGUCUGUUCUGCAAGGAUUGAAAAGAAUUCUGGAGAACUAUCGCCCUGCCUAUGAGCUGGUUGCAUCAACUCUCCCAUGGGCUUUCGAAGAAGAGCAGCCCGAUCACCACUCCAAGAGAAUGCCAUGGCCAAGGCCGAUGGAUCAGCCAUUGAACGGGGUGGAACAUGAAACAGAUAAUCAUCCUCCCGCGCGAGCCAGCCACUACGAUACUCAUAGAGGUGAAUCGGAUGUUCAUGAGGUCAACGGAAUACCGUCAGCAAUAAAAGACUCUCGGCGUAACGGACAUGAGCGCACUCGGGAGCCAGAGAUUCUGGGCGACCAGAUAAACCGUGUUACCCAAACACAUAGCCCAACGUUCCACGAAAUACCGAAUCUGCGACCAGCUAGUGAAGUCUACGCUCGGGCAAAGGGCAGGGUCGAUAUGCAAGGCAGGCACCCUCACGAAGUUUCUUGUCGAGAUUCGCCUCCUAUAGAUCGCUACCCGGGUCCAAAUACCGUUCGGGCGGAACAGGGUGACCGACGAGGAGUAUCGACUGAUCAUGGUCGUUCUGGCUCUUCCCACGACCAUCACAUGACCCAUGUCCGAGAUGACUAUGGCCUUGAUUAUCGCGAUGCUGAAUCGCAACGAUAUGCAAGCAGAGCUCGUCCCCGUGACGGAGCUGUUGCUCUUAGUGACCGUCGUGACAGAGCUCUUCCUCCUAGUGAAAGAUGGGAGGAGCAGCCUCGGCGGUUAGAAAGACCGUUAGAGCCACCUCCUGUGACAACCCAUCCGGAGGAUGAUGGAUUUGGCCUCCUAGACGCUCUCGAAUCUCACCUCGAAAUGGCACACGAAGAGAUCGUGUAUGUCGAUCAAUCAGGCCGAGAAAUCGGACGAACAACCCGACCUCUGGAAGCACGUCCUACCCCUACCCAGUUUCCCCGAUUCAGGUACCGCGAUGACCCGGGUCGAGGCCCUGAUAUGCAUCAUCGCCCUCCAUCCCCCCGAUAUGACGAACACCCUAUGACGGGCUAUCAAGAACGAGAUCCUGGGCCGAAAUAUGCGCCGCAAACCUACCGCCACGAACCAGAACCCGUUCCACGCCGGGUGUACUACGACGACCCGCGUCCUCGGCCUGGACCUCCAGUGGAAGCCUAUGAGCUUGUUGAAGUCCGUGAUCCUCAAGGCGAUUACUUUAUCAAGCGUCCUAUCCGGAGGGACGAACACGAACCUUACGCUUACGCAGCUCGCCCCGUACCCCGAGAUUCAGGGGUAUAUCCGCCAUAUGGCCCCAUUAGCGACUACCCGACCACUAGGACACUUGGAUACGUAACUGCCCCACGACCAGUGUCGCUAGCACCAGGUCGACCGAAGUCGAGGAUGGAAUGCGAUGAGUACGAUCCGCGGUAUCCAGCUACAGGCCCUGGGGAGCCUGCACAACGUCAGAGUAGACGUUAA